AAAAGCCCUCUGGCCCAAAGCAGGAGCUAUUGGACAUGUUAAAAAAAAAAACUGACGACAUCCAGCAAAGGGAAGAAGCUGCUUUAAAGAAGCAGAAAAAGAGGCCAACAUAUGACGAUAGGGGUGGCCUAGUCACUGAGCUGAAGUACAAGGUACAGAGACUUGAAGGCCUUGUGGAAAGAAAGUGCAAAAAAAUUGAGGAACUGCGAAACAAAAACGAAGAGUUGGAGCAGGAGGCCAUGAAGCUGAGGCAGCUGAACAUGAGGCUGCAGGAAAAAAUGCUGACAGCCAUAGAUGAAGGCACAGGCUACAGUAGAGCUUCGUGCUCCACUAAGAGCGGACCAGACCACUCGACGAGGGAAGUGGAUAUUGACAGCAUGGACGUGAUUCCUAGGGAGAAAACACCGCCACAGGAUGAUUACGCAAGAAAAGAGAAUGCCAUGGUGGACAUUGGCGGUGGCCUUCAAAUAAAUUCUAGCGCAUGGCACCACAUUCAGGGCCAUCAAAAGGAUUCCCUUUUCGUUAAGGACCUCCUCCUGGGAAUUUGGCCCAAGGACCAGCUGAAAAACCGCUCUUUGCAAGGGAAGCGGUGUCCACGAUUUCCCGAUCGGCCUGCAAAGGCUCCACUGACACCUUGGAAAGUGGAAGUGAUGCGUGACUGUUACAGACGGAGACUGCAGCGCCAGGGGAUUCCCGAAACCCUUAUGCCUGCUGCACUCAAGCAGCUGAACCAUUUCGUGGUUGAGAAGCUGGCAGACCUUGAGAGGCUGGCAAAACGGUGAGGUGCUGUUAUAAAUGUGUUUUGACUAAUUUCAGGGAGGUUCUUUGUAUGUAGUUUUUAAAUGACAUGCAGCCUGGUAAAGAAAGUGUUUAAAGC